AUGGCUUCUCCUACUCCUUCUAUUCUAUCUGCCACACCUUCAGGUGCAAGCUGUCUCGUCGAGUUCUUCGAAGAAGACAGAUCGGUAGGGCUACGGAGCGGUCUUGUAACGGUCUACAAAACAUGGGGGGUGGAAGAGGGGAGAGAGCGUGGGACUGAGCUUUCGGAGACUUCCACCCGGCAAGAUCCGUCAAAUACCUCCUUGAAGACUGGUGAGAUGCAAGGACAAGGUCAUCAGAUGGAAACCACGCCAGCUGAGGGAACAGACCGAGUAUCGGGAAGAGAGGUCUUUAAGGCCCACUUCAUCGAGCCCACGACGGAUCCUUCGCGCGACAUGUCCCUGGGACCACCGAUAGAUACGUCAACAGCGAUGGAUCUACUGAUCGAUUCCACCGAGCAUCCUCUGGCUCAUCUGGCUGCGCCUAAGAGCUGGCAAACCGCAACAGACUGGUUUGCAACAGCUGUCGGCAGUCCGAGCGCCAUUACAGCGCAUGAGAAGGCUCAGAAUGCGGCUUUGCGAUCAGCGCAGCAAUUCCUCGCCGGGCUCGAGCACUUGGGAGAACAAAUCGAUGAGCGCCAAUGGGCCCGGAUCCGCAACUAUUUCGAGCAAGUUCUCGCAGGCGUGUCGCUUACAAGUCGUGAGGGAGAGACGAUGGUGCAAAGAAUCAAAUUUGUACCGCUUGCUGACGAACAUGGCGGCGUCGGAGGAAGAACCUUGUCUCAGCAAGAACGAUGGUGGUUCCUUCUGAUGAGGAUCAUGAAGACCGAGUACUGGGACCGUUACCUGCGGUCGAAUGAGCUUUUGUCGGAUUCCGAGCUGAUCUGGAAAGCGGCCCGGGACAAAGAGUGUAUCAAGGCAUGGAAAUUUGUACAUGCGGCGUACGAGGAGUAG